AUGACGAUCUGCCGCGUCACCCUAUUCAAGAUCCCCAAGGAGGAGGACCGCAAGACCGUCCUUGCUCUGUACCGCACGAUGCAGAAGGACGCUCUCAAGGAUGGUGCUCCAUAUAUCCUCUCCGUCAAGGCCGGAUCAACCUUCGAGGACCAGCGCCGCCAGGGAUUCAACCUCGCCGUCGUAUCCGAGUUUGCCUCCGAGGAUGACAUGAAAUUCUAUGACAACGACUGCAAGGCCCACGCCGCACUGAAGACCGUCGCGAAGCCAUUGUUGGAGGGAAUCAUGAUGACAUACUUCGAGCCGAUCGAGACCUGCAGCUAG